UUCGCCCAGACAAAUCUGUUUUACAGUUCUCCGCCCAUAACUCCUGAACCACGGAUCCCUUUGCCAUAACUACUAGGUCACCUUAAUUGUUUUUCCUAGUUUCCUGUUGCUCAACCUUGUAACAAGCUUAAAUGCGAAAUUGGCAAUGGGGAUAGCUGAGACAUUAAAGACGCAAUUGUCAUUGGAUUUGCGUCACCUUCAUCACUGGGUUGCAAUAUUCUUCCUUGUGACUGUUGUUUUUAAAUUAACUCAACUAAUUGUUAAAAGGAGACAAUGGCUUCGGGCUCUUGAACAAUUUCCUGGACCACCACAACACUGGCUUUACGGUCAUGUCCAUGAGUUUAAACAGGAUGGGACAGAUUUGGAUAAAGUGGUGACAUGGGGGGAGACAUAUCCCAUGGCGUUUCAAAUGUGGUUUGGUCCAUUUGUUUCAUUCUUGAAUAUUCACCACCCAGAUUAUGUCAAAACCAUUCUAUCAUCUACAGAGCCCAAAGAUGAUCUUGCUUAUAGAUUCCUUAUUCCAUGGAUAGGAGAUGGUUUGCUCGUGUCUAAGGGCCAGAAAUGGUUUCGGCACAGAAGACUUCUGACCCCUGGUUUUCACUACGAUGUUUUAAAGCCAUAUGUCAAACUAAUGGCGGACUCUGCGAAAACCAUGUUGGACAAAUGGGAGAGUCACUCUGGAAGCAAGGAGGCGUUUGAGUUAUUUGAACAUGUGAGCCUUAUGACACUGGACAGCAUAAUGAAAUGUGCGUUCAGUUCCAACAGUAACUGCCAGACAGAAGGUGGUACUAACGCAUACAUCAAGGCGGUGUACGAGCUUAGCGACUUGGUCAAUCUCCGCUUCCGGGUCUUUCCGUACCACAGUGAAUUCAUCUUCCACCUCAGCCCACAUGGAUUUAGGUUUCGGAAAGCAUCCAAAGUGGCUCACAGUCACACAGAGGAAGUCAUAAGAAAGAGGAAAGAAGCACUGAAGGACGGGAAGGAGCUGGGAAGGAUGCAGGCCAAGAGAAACCUGGACUUUCUGGACAUCCUUCUCUGUGCGAGAGACGAGGAUCAGCAGGGCUUGUCUGACGAAGACAUCAGAGCUGAGGUGGACACCUUCAUGUUCGAGGGCCACGACACCACAGCCAGCGGGAUCUCCUUCACCCUCUACAGUCUGGCCUGUAACCCGGAGCACCAGCAGAUCUGCAGGGACGAAGUCCUCCACGUCCUGGAUGGCAGGGACACCAUGGAGUGGGAGGAUCUAAGUAAAAUACCUUACACAACUAUGUGUAUUAAGGAGUCCCUCCGUCUCUACCCUCCUGUACCUGGAAUGUCCCGGAAGAUAACCAAACCCAUGACCUUUUUCGAUGGCAGGACUGUGCCUGAAGGUUGUCUCGUUGGAACAAGCGUGUUUGGAAUUCAUAGGAAUGCAACUGUCUGGGAGAACCCUCAUGUUUUUGAUCCACUGAGAUUUCUGCCUGAGAACUCUUCUAAGAGGUCACCCCAUGCAUUUGUGCCUUUUUCUGCUGGGCCUCGGAAUUGCAUUGGACAGAACUUUGCUAUGAAUGAGUUGAAAGUAGUUGUUGCUCAAACACUCAAGAGGUACCAUCUUAUAGAGGACCCAACCAAGAAGCCCAAGAUGCUUCCUAGGCUGAUUCUGCGCUCCCUCAAUGGAAUCCACCUGAAGAUUGAACCUGUUGAACUUGAACCGUGAGGAAAAUCAACCCAAUCAAGGACAACCAGAAAACAUGUAACAUUUCAGUGAGAAAUAGUCACUAAUUCAUUUGAGCCAUAUAAUAAAAGUAAAUCAUUUUCAGUUGAUGUUGUGGCUCUCUGCAAGAGGUAGGCUAACUUUCUGUUUGAAGUGUGCAUUUUCUCACGCAGUGAGGAUAAUGAUGAAAGGCAGUUUAUGUUACUAUGAGUAACAAACAGCGAGACAUGCAAACAUUCUCAUUGAUUUAUUUUAUAAAAUAAUGCCGUUUGUGCCACAUAUGUUUAUAUUCAUAGAUUAAUUUUUA